AUCAUUUUGUCCUGUAAACAUUGGGCCUGGUAAAUCUGAGCCUUCGUCAGACCACGAGUGCAAUCAUGGGUCCAUGCAACUCAAGGUCCGGUAGGGUUAAUAUUUACUCAGAGCAAUCGACGCCGAUCACGGAAAUCUCGCAACAUGGCCCAGGGACUGUGGCGUUUCUGGAAAGAUAUGAGUGCUCUUUUACCCCGACCGAAAUCCUCGGUUCGGGUGCUUAUUCAACUGUCUACAAGUGUGUUGAUAAAGAGAGUCGUGAGGAAUGUGCCGCGAAAGUUAUCCAAUUAAAGAAAAUGGCGGAGGAUGAAGUCGAUGCCCUUCACAUCGAGGUUGGGAUACUGGAAGAGAUAAAGCAUCCAAACGUUUUAACUAUCCAUGGUUUUUUCGAGGACAUCGCUACGACGAAUAAUCCGUCGCCCAAAGCCUACAUUGUUACUGAGAUUCUUAGAGGAGGAGAACUAUUUGAUCGAAUAGUCGAGCGCACAUACUAUUCAGAGUACGAGGCACGCAAGGUCAUCCAGAUUCUGCUUGAUGUGAUGUGUCAUCUUCAUGCCAAGAAUAUUGCUCAUCGCGACCUGAAGCCUGAGAAUCUUCUCCUGAAGUCCAUGAAAGACGACCACGAACUCAAGUGUGGGACUCCGAAUUACGUUGCACCAGAGAUUCUUGAGAAUCGGCAAUAUGGUUGCGCUGUCGACAUGUGGUCAGUAGGAGUACUUACAUUUGUCUUGCUUGGUGGUUAUCCACCAUUCCACGAUGACAAUGAAGCCAAAUUGUUCGAGCGCAUUAAAUGCGCGCAGUUUAACUUUGACCCCCAGUACUGGGAUGUUGUGAGCGCAGAUGCCAAGGAUUUUAUCCGAAAGUUGCUAAAUAACAAUCCCGGUGUGCGCCUUACCGCUGAGCAGGCCAUUCUUCACCCAUGGCUCGUGAAGGGUGAUCAUGAGUUGAUCACAGUUCAUCUCGAGAAAACGAUGCGCCAACUCAGGAAUUUCAAUGGGAAGCGGAAAUUCAAAGCGGCCGCUAGGAUGGUCCUCACCACGCGAAAAUUCUCGAGCGUGCGUUGCCCCGCCGCUAGGCCACCCUCCUAGGAGGGGGGGGGGGCUUGGACCGGGGCUGGUUAUUGUACCUCAGGAUAGUGCCGGAGGCGGCCUCCGGGUUUUGU